AUGUCUACUUUAUCUCCUAUCGAAAAUCCUCAAGUCUUAAAAUCUAUUCAAAAAGAAGCUAUUCAUAUUGCCUCAUAUCUAUCAUCAUGUUCUCCAUUAUAUUCUUCCGCCAACAGUAAAAUAUCACACCAUUGCCAGUUAAUGUCUCGUCAUGUUGAACGUUUAAAAUAUCGUCAUGAAAUUCUCUUUACUGGUUUAGCACGAAAAUUCGAUUUAGAAUGUCAACAAAUAGCAACAACAACAACACACACUAAUCUAACUAUCAGUAAUGUAUUUUGUCAAAAGUUGUUACAUAUGUAUAAUUAUUUGUUUGCUGAUAAACAAAUAACAUGGGGAAGAAUUAUUACAUUAUAUUCAUUUGCUCAAUUUUUAAUACAAAGAAUUCAAAAACAAGAUGCAGAACAAGCACAACGAAUUGGAUUGCUUACUGGACAAUAUGUAGCAAGUAGAUUAGCAAAAUGGAUUAUGAAUAAUGGAGGAUGGGAAUCCCUUGAAAAUUUUACUGACGAUGCUGAUAAAAUGAAUGACACUUAUCAUACGUUAUUUGCAUUUGCAAUUACUUGUCUUGGUAUUAGUCUUUUUGUAUUAUUUCUUGUUGUACGAUAG